CUAGAAGAGCUUGUGAAUACUUCACCUAUCAUGCUAAAAAAUCUGGUUACUAAGAAACCACGAGAAAAACCAGUUGGUGAAAGAAACAAAACAAGAGAACAAUACAGAGAGACUCGUUCACAUUCGAGCAUGUUGAAAAGCAGUCAAGACAGU